AACCGGAGUCUCACCGACGAGCUAGCACGCGUGCGCACAGAAUUAGAUAAAAUGAAGUUCGAUAAUGUACAGUUGAACCAGCAGGCAGCCGAUUUAGUGACAGAACGGGACAGUCUCUUGCGGAGGAUUUCCGCUGAGUCUCGCGACGAGCUCCUUAGUGGUGGAAGUCCCGACUCUGCUGCUGGCGUGGAAACCAACA